CCAGAAAAAAAAGCCCCUAAAAGACGACAUGCAGAGCUACGUGAAGAGCAGAUAUGUAACUGCAGCCAAGUUGACGGGUUAAGCAUCUGCUUUCUGUAUGCCAAGUGUAAAGCCAAGGCCAAAUGCUAACUCGUAUUUUAUGGAGAUUUCUCUACUUACAUGAAAAGGUGACUGCUGCGAAGAAUCCGACGUAACAAUGUAUUACAAGGUGAUUCUUUUUCUGAUUGGAGUGGUGCAAAUCUACUAUCAGGUCUCUUCAGCAGAUGUUGAAUACAACUACAUUGCUGAGCUGAUGGUGGGAAGUAAUAUCACACUGGAGGCCAACACCAUCAUGAUAGCUUUGAACGACAUUACUAGCCUGGAAAAUGGAUCCACGACAGCGAACCUCUCACACAGUGAACUCAUAGCAGAGUGCCUGAUUCUUGGAGAUGAAUCCACUUGCAACUGUUCUACCGGCUACGUUUGGAGCAACAUAGUGUGCUACACGUACAACUGUUGCCGCGAAAUUUCUUGCACACAAAACGUGUCCCACAUCACACCACUCUGCAUUGCCAAAGUCAAAGUUCUAAUCACUGGAUCAGCUAUAUUGAAUAAAAUCUGGGACGAUUCUAAAAAUGAAAAGCUUGCAUAUAACUUUGGAGAACUGAAUGGCUUUCAGUACCUGAAUGUAACCGGUCACAGGCUGGACAACACAGUUGCUGACUUUGAGGCAGCUGUCACCGUCAAAUUUACGCCAUUGAAACUUGAAGAAAUUAGGGUGAAAGGGGAAAGCAUACUUGGAGCUCUAAUUCAGCUGGAGACUCUUGGAAUGGUCACCAUAGAGUCCCCAAAGAAUAUUAUGUGCUAUAUGUCUAAGCCAGUACUGAAAUGCACAUUUGACGAGAAGACAGAUCUUGCUGGCUGGAACAUAAGCAAGAAGAAUGAGCACGUUGAGCUCGGCCCCGGCAGUGUGGUGAGACUGAACGACAACUGUACCACAGACGAAUACAAGUCUUGUACUGAAAUCACACUCGAGAAUGUGACAAGCAUCUGGGCAGGCUCAUACGAGUGUGGAUUCACUCGUGGGUCAAUCAGGCACACAGCCAAGGCACAACUGAGGGUGGCAUUGCUGCCUGAGGAAAUCACCAUGAACAGCAAGCCUCUUGUUGCAGACUGUUCGGGAAAGGGGAGCACUAAAAGUGUUCCUAUCGAGGUCUCUGCCACCAUCCUAAAGAGCUCAGAGAAAUUUAUAGUGUCGUGGAGCUACAAGAACAAAUCGAUGACUGGUGAAGACUACAAUUCUGUUACAGCAGAUAAACUGACCUAUACUCUGAAAAUGUCUGUCACUUGCAAGACAAUCGCAGAGGCACAUAGUGUUUGUGUCACUUUUAAGAACACAAAGAAACAAAAGAAAACAGCAGAAUUCAUUAUCCCAGUAAUUUACGACGGUGAAGAAUAUUGCAAUGAAGAAGAUACUUGGCCAAAGACCCCAGACGGAGACACAGUGAUUCAAUAUACAUGUGCGGUGGGCAGGGUGGGCUUUGAGUCACGCACUUGUAAAGGCACUACAUGGCAGGACGUGUUCCACUCCUGCGUCAGCGAAGAGUUGAACAACAUUGCCAAUGUUGCAGUAAACUUCCAGAAGGGACUAGGGACUUCCCCUGAGAUCGCCAACGAUAUAUUUUCAGGACUUAAGAACAGCUCUACAUCUUAUGAUAAUACCAGUGACACUACGGCCGACAUUUUUGCUUCCAUCAAUAUUCUUAACGUGAUGGCAGAAGCAUCAUUGGAUACUCCCUUGCAAGAGGGUGUCUUGAAUGAUUUUGUUGCCACAGCAAGCAAUAUGUUGGAGAACGACUGGAAUGGGGUUAAUGAAUCUAAGGUUCAGAAUAUGUCAUCACUAUACCUUGAGUCUGUGGAGGGUCUGGUGAAGAAUAUCAAGGUCGAGAAGAGCAGAGGAUUCCUCACUCAAAAUUUAGAUCUCAAAUUCUGCUUUGGUCCUUACUGCAAUGACACUGUGUUUGGCAUCGACGUGAAUCUGUACGAGCUCCCUGGAAUAAAAAAAACUCUUGCUGUGAAAAAUCUAACGAAUAGAUUAAGAAACAACAUCGGCGAAACGUACCCUACCAGCCUCUUAGUAUCGGUCACACUGCAGAACAGAACUCUUUCACCGUUAAACGUUAGUCUGAAAUUCCCCGUGGAGAAGCAGAAAUCAGAGAAACCUAUGUGCGUCUUCUGGAAUGCCGCAAACAAUGAUUGGUCAGUUGUGGGAUGCAGUUUCAAAACUAGUGUUGGUAACCACACAGUCUGCGAAUGCACUCACCUGACGGCAUUCUCUGUCCUCAUGGCAAAGGCUGAUAUAUCUACUGUUGAACUAGAUAUCAUUACAAAUGUGGGAUUGGCUGUGUCCAUCUGCUCCUUGCUGAUCUUCCUCAUCAUUGAGUAUCUAGUGUGGACGGCUGUGGUCAAAUCCAAGCUUUCAUAUUUCCGUCACACAACUAUAGUGAACAUUGCAGUGUUCCUCUUGCUCGCUGACUGCAGUUUCUUGGCUUCCACCUAUCCUGACAAACUCAGUGAAACCUGGUGCCUAGUUUUGACAAUAUGCAAACACCUGUUUUUCUUGGCCAUGUUCAACUGGAUGCUGUGCAUGAGUGUCAUGCUUGUCCAUCAGCUUAUCUUCGUCUUCAGCCCGCUGAGGAAAAGAGUCUUCAUGCUUCUAUCCAGCAUCGUAGGCUAUGUUUUCCCAAUGUUAAUAGUGGGAUCCAGCUAUGUGUAUUGCAAAUACACCAACAGGCCCUACUAUAAUAAGGACACAUGCUGGCUAGUUUUUGAAAAACUAUUGGAGGGUUCCAUUCAUGCUUUCCUCCUUCCUGUGGGAACUAUUAUUUUGACAAAUAUCUUUUCCAUGAUGGUCGUCAUUCUUACUCUAGUGAAGUCCUCCGCUGCUGACAGCAGCAAGGUAGACAAGGAGGCAAUCAAGAGUGUCCUUAAAGUCGUGCUCUUUCUAACACCUGUCUUUGGAGGAACUUGGAUUAUUGGCUUUGCUCUGCUCUUAUUGGACGGGGACAAUCACAUGUUUAUGGUGGCUAACUACAGCUUUACCAUCCUCAAUUCCUUCCAGGGCCUUUUCCUUCUGAUAACAGGGUGUUUUGCAGAGAAGAAGGUUCGAGACGAAGUGGUUAAGAUCAUAAUGGCAAAAUCCAAAGGAAAAAGUGAUAGCACAAAGAAUUUGACGUCAACCACAAAAGAUAAAUAAAGACCAAGAUUGUGGAGACGGACACAGCAACUCAUGCCAUGAGUCUCGGCUCACUUGUAGCUACAGUCCUCAAACUAAGUUCUAAACUUUGUUAAAUAGAACACUGAUGUUUUGAAAAUAUUUAUUGACUUGAUAGGCUUUACUAUUAUUAUUAUUAUUAUUAUUAUUAUUAUUAUUAUUAUUAUUAUUAUUAUUAUUAUUAUUCGUAGCAUUAGCACUGAUGGUUAUCACCCUCAGCUGAGGAUGAACUAAUGCAUACAUUUGUUAUCUUAAGGGUAAAGCAGAUAGAGCUUAUUUCCAUUUGCAUUAUAAGUGCCAAAGAAGUGAAAUACAAUAUUGAAUUAUCACUUUAAGGAGAGGCUUUAGAUCCAUGCUGACUCGAACCACUUCAUUUGAUGUUGUGCAUUCUGUACACCCAGUUUGAGCUGACUGUAUAUAGAACAUAGAUGUGUGUUAAGUUUGGCUUGGUUUGAUCAUUUUGUUUAAAAGUCUGUAAAUGUACACUACUUGAC